AUCACUAUCAGAUUUUUUUCUGGCUACGAUCGGCGUAAACAAGCGGCGAAAUCUGAACUUCCAUCAGCAUUCCUGCUCCGAGAUCUUUAUGAAGCACAGGCCCGUGUCGAAACCCCGUCUACGCUCUAUACGGGCAUUAUUUUUCACGUUCCAGGGUUUGAUGGCUUGCGGACGCGAACGCGACGUCAGGCCGAAUAAGGGCUCGGGGCGGAAUCAUUAGGACGUGCUUUAGCGUCUUAAACAGCUCUGGAUUAGCACGGGAAUACUCGCGCUGUGAAGAGCGUGUGAAGCAGAACAGCAAGUUUUCUGGAUUAAACCACAAUCGGAUGCAUCUGAUCACGAGAUGUGUCCGAUUGCAAAUGAGUUGAAAGGUGAUGGUAUAUAAGUGCUAGGGCAAAACGGCUCCCAGAAUUAAACGACAGUCUGAUCAGAAAGACGUCUAAUCACAAAGACUCUGGUGUGUCUGAAUACCGAUGAGAUUAGAGGAUCGUGGCUUGUAAAUGCUAGAGCAAACAGGCGUCUUUGUAAUCAGAUACAUCAGACUCAUGUUUCAUUUGUGAUCAGAUACAUCGGGCUCUUGUUUCAUUUGUGAUCAGAUACAUCAGACUCGUGCUUCUUUGUGAUCAGAUACAUCAGAGACUGUGUUUAGAUACAUCAGGCUGUUGUUUCAUUUGUGAUCAGAUGCAUCAGACUCUGUGUUUAGAUACAUCAGGCUGUUGUUUCAUUUGUGAUCAGAUGCAUCAGACACGUGCUUUGUGAACAGAUGCCAUCAGACUCUCAUUCUCUUUCUUCAGGUUAAAACACGUCUCUCAUCUGUUUGUGGUUAGAUACAUCAGACUCUUGUUUCAUUUAUGAUCAGAUACAUCAGAUAUCUGUUAUUAGAUACAUCAGAAUAUCUUCUCGUUUGUUAUCAGAUACAUCAGACUCUACGUUUAGAUACAUUAGACUCUUGUUUCUUUGUGGUGCACUGGACUCUCCCCUCUUCAUUUGUGAUCAGAAACAUCAGACUUAUCUCUUUCAUUGGGACGGGACCCAUCAGAAUCGUAUCUGUUUGUAAUUAGAUAGAUCAGACUCUAAUUUCAUUCUUUGUACUACACAGGAAUUUUUACAUCUUCGCCUGAGAUCAGAUUGAUCAGACUCAUUUCCUUCUCUGUUAUUAGGCAUACCAGAGUCAUCUCGUUUGUGAUUAGAUACAUAAGACUUUCUUGCUUUGCGAUCAGACUCAUUUCUUUCUUCGGGUUGAGACACCACACACUAUCAUCUGUUUGUGAUCAGAUACAUCAGACUCAUUUCCUUCUCCAAAUCCUCGCUUCUUGUGAUUAGAUACACCGGGACUAUGUCUUUGUGAAAGUAUACUCUCAGAUCCGCCUUCGUUUCUUUGUGAUUAGACACAUCAGACUCUCGUCUCAUCUCAUUCUUUUGGCCCGACACCUCAGACUUUCCCGCUUUGUGAUCAGACGCGUAGGAUUUGUGACAUUCGAUUCAAUUGGAGUCAAAUCAGACUUUUAUCUGUGGUCGGACGCAACCGACUCACAUCGUGUAGCGUUUAGAUUCCUCAGGAUCGAUUCCCAAUGUGUGGAGAGAUCAGAAUCUCUUCAAGAGGAGAAACAUCAGACUCUCAUUUCUUUCUGUGUAAUCAGUCACGCCGGGCUGUUCUGAAAUCGGACACAUCAGACUCUCAUCCUUCUCUUGCUCAGAAAGGUGCUUUGUUCCACCAUCCGGGCGUUGGAAACACGAAGCCGAGGUCCCGGCUGACCUCCGUGUGACUAACGCUUCAGAAAACACCUUUGAAGUCCUUAAGAAAUGACAAUGGGAAUGUUUGGCUUUUCCUCGCGGAACAUGGGAACCAGGGUUUCCUGGAACGCCGCCCGCCUCUAGGAACGGCUUAGAGGGAGUUCUGCAGCUCGACAGGAAGACCUCCUAGCAGAAGGUGCGUGAGGAUAGCGCAGUGCGUGCGUUGAGAAUUUGUCGAGAGCCUGUCGAGUUGUUUAUGGGGAUUUCCUUCUCCAUCCGCAUCACCGCUUCCUAUUAUAGAGGAAAGCCGUACGGCAGAGCGGGAGUUCCCUCCUCACUCGUUCCACUAUAACACAGUAAGAUCCGUAAGGCAGGAGUUCCCAGCGCAGGUCACGGAGUUCCUCACACUCAGUGUUUUCCCUGCUCUCACGAACAGCGCUCGAAUUGCUCAUCGUCGUAAAUCUGUCCGCGAACCUUUCCCCAGACUUCAGAUCCAAACACUGGGUUGCCACGGACGACAUAACCAUCGACACGAAGCACAACCGAAAGACGUUUUUAUCAGCAGUGCAGCCAAGUUUUCAAUAACGCGACAUGCUACAGCAUCAACCUUGUGAAACAAAUUGUUUCAUUUCCAGUAAAGAUUCAGUAAUCCUACUUAAACCGUUCUUAAGAUCUCACUUCAGGUAUCAGGAGUCUGAGUAUCGACCGAUGCCCAAACACCGGUGCGAUACAAAUCAUUUGCGUCGCACGCUAUCAUGGCAUAAAACGCACCAAUAGAUCGUAAAAUAUCAAUCGUAAAAAAUCUGAUCCAGCAUUUCGAAGUAGGAUCGGUCCCGGUACCGAUACCUGCGGUGUUUCGUCUGAGCAGAUACAUCAGACUCUGUGUUUAGAUACAUCAGAAUCUCUUAUCGUUUGUCGUCAGAUACAUCAGACGCUAUGUUUAGAUACAUUAGACUCUUGUUUUGUUUGUGAUCAGAUACAUCAGAGUCUGUGAUUAGAUGCGUCAUAAUCUCUUCUCGUUGGAUAUCAGAUGCAUCAGACGCUACGUUCUGAUACAUUAGACUCUUGUUUCGUUUGUGAUCGGAUAUACACAUCAGACUCUCACGUUUCAUUUGUGGUGCACUGGACUCUCCCCUCCUCAUUCGUGAUCAGAUACUUCAGACUCGUUUUUGUGAUCAGUCUCUCUCUGCGAUCAGACACGUCAGACUCGUUUUGUUUCUGAUCAGCUAUAAUCAGGCAUGGUGACCAGACUGUCAGACUCAGCAUCAGUCUCUCAUCUGUUUCUUCAGGAUGAAACAAAUUGGACUGUCAUCUGUUUGUGAUCAGAUACAUCAGACUCGUUUUUGUGAUCAGUCUCUCUCUGCGAUCAGACAAGUCAGACUCGUUUUGUUUCUGAUCAGCUAUAAUCAGACUUUGUGACCAGACUGUCAGACUCAGCAUCAGUCUCUCAUCUGUUUCCUCAGGAUGAAACAUAUUGGACUGUCAUCUGUUUGUGAUCAGAUACAUCAGACUCUGUAAUUAGGCACAUCAGACUCUCGUUUCAUCUCAGGAUGCACUCUCACCUCUCCAUUCGUGAUCAGAUUGAUCAGACGGUCAUUUACUUUUCUGUGUUUAGACACAACAGACCCAUCCCUUGCUGUGAUUAGAUACACCUGGCUCUCCUUUCUUCCUUUACAUUUAGACACAACCGAAUCUCGUGUCAUUUGUGUUCUCAUACACAAUUCUUUGCUUUGUGAUCGGAAACAUCAGACUUAUCUCUUUCAUUGGGAUGGGACCCAUCCGAAUCGUAUCUGUUUGUAAUUAGAUGCAUCAGACUCUAAGUCCAUUCUUUGUCCUGCAUAGGAAUUUUUACGCCUCCGCUUGAGAUCAGAUUCGUUUCCUUCUGUUAUUAGGCAUACCAGACUCAUCUCGUUUGUGAUUAGAUACAUAAGACUUUCUUGCUUUGCGAUCAAAUCUGAUCUCUGCAAUGGGUAGAUAAACACCCCCCCAUCCACAAUGAGUCUUUAUUGAUGACGUAUACAUGACAGCACAUAGAAAUUCUUUUCUUCGCAUACUCCAGCAUGUCAGGAAGUUGGGGUCAGGACGCAGGGUCAGCCAUGAUACAGCGCCCCCUGGAGCAGAGAGGGUUAAAGGUCCCAAGGUCCCAACAGGGGCAGCUUGGCAGUGUUGGGACUCGAACCCCCGACCUUCUGAUCAGUAACCCAGAGCCUUAACCGCCAAGCCACCACUGCCCCACUGUCCAGGGUGUGGGGGCACACCCCGAGUUCCCUGGGAUAGGCUGCAGGCUUCCUGUGAGCCUGUGUAGGAUAAGCGGUAUGGAAAAUGGAUGGAUGGAUGGAUGGGUCAUCUCGUUUCAUUGUCUUAAAGUUGAUUUAAGCUAGGUCAUCCGAAAUCUACAUCCUCCCCCACCCUCUUCUUUCAAUUGGUCCACUGCUAACACACUCUGGUCAGCUUAGGAAGGAUGUGUUAGAUAGCUGAUCGGUUGGAUCAGGUAUAGGUUAGAGCCGGGGAAAUGCCGAACCACUUCAGAAAGGUUGCCAGGAACGGCUGCUACAUGAACAACACGAACGACUCCCGAUGCGGUUUCGUUUGGUGGUUUCUACGAGUCCGCGCGUUCUCGAGUCCGAACGCAUGCAGAAUAUAUUUCACCGUGAAACGAUUUGAAUUGCUCGGCAUGGUAAUGAAAAGAUCACCGGUUGCCAGAGUCUGGCCAUCUGUGCAGGACCAUCGCAGACGCUGAUAUUACAGAUGUCCAUCAUCCAGUAGGUCCAUUAAAUCAGCAUUAUACCACAUGUUACCUCAAGGGCACCGUGACAGACCACCAUUAUAUGGCUUGGAGGUGAAUGAUGUAACAUUCUGGCUCAUUAUCAACACAUAAAAUACAAUCAUUAACCUUCAGGAACCGGCGCCGCUUCAAUAAAAAUCCAUCACUGGGUGGAGAUUCUGCUUCGAUGUGUGUAUUUCACAACAGGAAGGUGAGAAAACGUUUUCUCCAAGGAGUGUAAGGAUGCAAGCGUCUGUGUGCGGCGUGCUGCUGUUGAUUCUCAUUGCUGCUGGAGAAGUGGUGCGAGGCUGUCCGGGGCCGUGCUCGUGCCCCCUGACGCCCCCCUCGUGCCUGGUGGGAGUGAGCUUGGUGCUGGAUGUGUGUGGCUGCUGUAAGGUGUGUGCGCAGCAGUUUAACCAGGACUGCGGCCCAGACAAACCCUGCGACCACAUUAAAGGCCUGCGCUGCCACCUAGGGGCCGGAGGAGACCCGCAACGCGGCCUGUGCAGGGCUGAUACUCAGGGUCGGCCGUGUGAGUUCGGCGGACGCGUGUAUCAGCACGGCGAGGAUUUCCAGCCCAGCUGUGAACACCAGUGCAGCUGCAUGGACGGCGUGGUGGGCUGCAUGCCGCUCUGCCCCCACCGCGUACCCCUGCCCGCCUGGCACUGCGCCGAUCCCCGCCUGGAGACGCCGCCGGGCCGAUGCUGCGAGGAGUGGGUGUGUGGCGACGACAAUCGCAUCGACGAAGAGCCCCGUGACGCGCCACCCGCCCAGCCGCAUACGAACCUCAUCAACAACCUGCUGCACACGUUCAGCUACAUGUCCAGAGCAGGAGACGCCUUUCAAGAGAGGACACCGCCGCCCGUGUCUCGAAUUCCUUUUCCGUCCUCCGAUUGUGUUCCUCAGACCACAGACUGGUCCGAGUGCUCCGCCUCCUGUGGUUUCGGCGUGUCCGGCCGCGUGACCAACACGAACCCGCAGUGCAAACUCGUCCGGGAGACGCGUCUCUGUCAGAUCCAGGAGUGUGACGCCGUGCAGACCGUCUGGACGGGAAAGAAAUGCAGACGGACGCGGAGGUCCCGAGAGCCGGAGCGCAUCUCGUUCCGUGGCUGCGCUACAGCCAGGCGGUACCGGCCCAAAACAUGCGGCUCGUGCGCUGACGGCAGAUGCUGUCGCCCGUCUGAGACUCGCACCGUACGCCUGCGCUUCCGCUGUCCCGAGGGAGACAGCAUCACACACAACAUCAUGUGGAUCCAACGCUGUCGCUGCAGCAAGAGCUACUGCAGCGCACACGGAGACGACUCGCCUCCUUCUGUUAGCCUGCACAACGACAUCCACACCUUCGCCCUCUCGCCCUGAUCGCACAGAAUCAUCCGCACCCCCGUCAUUAAAGGAGAUGAUUUAAAACACACACACACACACACACACACACACAGACUCGUACACAAUUUCUGUCGUUCAGCUAAGACGUAAAAUUUCGGGGGUCUGAAAUUUGCUUCUUUUUGUUUGUUUUUUUUUGCACCGGCACUACGAUGCUAAUUCAGCUAACAAAUAAGUAGUAGCAGCAUGUAGUAGUACUAUCUCAUGCGGAACUGUUCCCGUAAGUCCACACGCAAGGUAUUUAUACAGUAUCCUUUUGCUUUAGGCGACAUUGUUAAACGCUGCGAUUUCAGGAAGUCCACUCCAGGCGGUGGGAGAAAGCAACGACGGCGAAGAAAGCAGCUUAAUGUAUGUUUUCAGCCCCGGCUUACAGAUCCUGAUCCGAACGUGUUCUCGGACGCGACUGGCCAGAGACGAACGUGCCGUUAAAAAUUCCCGGACACUGCUUUAGAGACAUCACAACCUCCGCCCGAGCUCCGAGGAGCGCUGUGCUGACGGACGUGAGCUUCCAUGCUGCGCAGACUCAGUUUCAGAAUCAGUGUUGAUUUCGCACGGAUGAUUUCGCACACUCUUUGCACCGGUCUAUCCAGUUUCGUUGUUCAGAGUGAAGCCGAAACGACAUCGGAGCGGGAAAUAAACAGUAAUGUGUAGCGCAGUUUGAUGCGUUCUUUGCUACGCGAGUAAAACCUAAAAAUAACAACGUUCUGGAAAACUGCUUUUUUAAAUGAUUUGUUCACUAGUAAAAAGAAAAAAAAAGAAAUGAAUACUACCAGACACCAAACAUAUCAUUGAUAACUGAUACAUUUGAGGAAAACUUGUGUAAAUACAGUGUUGUUGUUGUUGUUGUUUUUUUUAAAUUUGCCGUAAUGCUCUCCCUAUGUUAAGACACAGAGCACAGAGACUAUGAUGAGAUGUUCACCAGGAGUGGAGUUCUCCAUGACUCCAUCCACAACCUCAGUGUAGAACUUGCACUUUUUCUUUAUGCGGACCUACAACGGGGUCGUUUCUCCCCCUGCUUCACAUCCGGCAACCAGAGAACGUCUGGGAGAUCCGUGUCUGUCUUUCUGCUGAGUGUCUUCGAGUGUGUGACUUCUGCUGACAAAAACCUGGACUUCUGGAGACCAGGUCCUGCUGGGACCUGAGAUGAUGGUUGCUUUACCGUAUUUUCCAGAUUAGAAGAGACUUUUUCAUUGGCGUAGCCAGGAAUUAAGUGUAGGAAGGGACGAGGGAACCAAUUCCACCAGUGUUCAGGACCGUCAUAACGACGUUAAGUACUUUUUGACAGAAAUUCGAAAAUAAAACACGGAUUAUUGUUUCAGAAUCCAGGCAUUAGCAAAGGAGAAAUUGUUUGGGGUUUUUUUUUCCCGUUCUUCUUCUUCUUCUUUUUUAGUAGAAAUAGACAAAAUCGUAAACAGACUGUGAUUGGGCCAGAUUUUGAAACGAUAACCGAACAACCGAUCGCGAUUUAUUGUUUAAAAUUCCUCUUACCGACGCAAAUAUAGAACGACCAAAAAAAAAAUGACACGGAACUGUUAACGUUCUACUGAGAACGCUUCUGAUUGGCUAAUCCCGUUUCGCACCAUGACAGCGAGCCGCCCGAUAAUACGUGAUUAAACCGUGUAAAAGGGAUCGUUCGUUCGCUCUCGACUGUCAUAUGAAUGUCAUCACAGCGCAAUUAUUGUUAUUCGACACGUCUACGAUAUCCCUUAGCUACACCUCUGCACUUUUUUUUAACCCGCUAGCACGUGUUGCAACUUCCCGCGUAACUGUUAACAUUAGCACACUGAUUUUUGCACCAGCGCAAAGCAGGAGCUACGGCAGAUUGAAUUUUUUUUGUACGAAAAUCGUGCGAUUAUGCCAAUUUAAAUCGAUGUCAUGUGACCACAGGAAAUGUAGAAUCGUAAACAUAGCUAGCCAAUUUAGCUCUCCGUAAACAUGCCACUUUAGAAAAAUAAACAGCCGUGUAUAUUUCUCCUGUUUCUCACUCGUGCCUCGAAUGCUUCGAGCGGAUCUGCUGAACAUUUAGGGCAGAAUUCAUCAAUCCGCCGUGAGCUGGAACCUACAGUCCACCGUACAUAAUUAGCUGUUAACGCCGUUAGCGUUACGUUUAUUUAUCCCUCCUUUCUGACCUCGAGCUUUCAGAUACGCCGUGUCUAAUCAUUCGUGACUUUCUAUCACAGUCGGUAGGGAAAGACGACGUGCACUAGUUUGCGAGAUUUGAAGAAGUCGGACGAGGACACGGACGUGUUCUAGCGAGACACGGUGGUUUCACCAAGAUGGCCGUCGGAUGGAUUCAUCGGUCAGAGCGAAAUAAAUAUUGUUUUGCUUAAAUACUGUAUUAUUCCGUGUAUUGUUUGUUGUUUUGUGCUUUACUAACAGACUACAGAAGUUCCGACACUUCCUCGUGUGUGGUUUUUUACAUUUUUUUUUAAAUAUGGGUAUUUGUGGAAAAGACUGUAAUCCUGAUGAUUAGUGUGUAAGAGACUGUAUUAUUAGAUGAUAUCUAUAACAUCAAGGCUUGCUUUUCCUUUUUGUACAGUAUACAGGCUUCACGCUCGGUGGAGUGACCGCGAUUUUAGAGAUUGCUCCAUUUUUUGGGGUGUAAUUACUUUAAAUUCUCUGAGCUGCUCUCUUGUGUAAGAGUGUGUAUUGUAAUCUGUGUGUGUGUGUGUGUGUGUGUGUGUGUGUGUGUGUGGUUACGAUGCUGGUUGAUGUUGACCUUCAGUGUUAAAGUCAAAUACAGUAAAUAAAAUGUUUUAAAAGAA